GUGGACAAGCGUCUGGCAGCUUGUCACGUGACUGUCUCAUUGUAUCCUAGUAUGAGGAAAAACGUUCAGCUACACGAACUACUUUUAGUCGCGCAAGCAGCAAGCUCAAUGGCACUUCGAGACGAACUUUUAAAGCCAAUAUGGCAUGCGUUCACAGCGUUGGACCUGGACAAAAGUGGGAAAGUGUCCAAAUCACAGUUAAAGGUGCUCUCGCAUAACUUGUGCACUGUGAUGAGGAUCCCCCAUGACCCGGUGGCCCUUGAAGAGCACUUCAAACAUGACGACCAAGGCCCUGUCUCUACUCAGGGCUACAUGCCCUACUUAAACAAGUUCAUUUUGGACAAGGUCCAGGACAACUUUGACCGGCAGGACUUUAACAGAAUGUGCUGGACCCUGUGCGCCCGUAAGAACCUCAACAGAACCCACCUCCUCAUCUCUGACGAAGACGCUUUCAAGAUCUGGUGCAUCUUCAACUUCCUAUCUGAAGAGAAAUACCCACUGGCCAUCGUCACUGAGGAGAUCGAGUACUUCCUGCGCAAGCUGACGGAGGCCAUGGGUGGCAGUUGGGUGGAGGAGCGCUUUGAGGACUACAAGUUAGAGCUGAGCAUCAAGCAGCAGAGUCUGAGUGCCUGGGAGCUCAUCACCCUGGUAGGCAGGGGCACCUUCAGCAAGGGCGUGGACCGCCAGACCCUCUCCAUGGGCAUCACCGAGGUCUUCCACGAGCUCAUCCUUGACGUAUUCAAACAGGGCUACAUGAUGAAAAAGGGCCACAAGAGGAAAAACUGGACAGAGCGCUGGUUCCUCCUGAGGCCCGACUCCAUCUCCUACUACGUGAGCGAGGACCUGGCUGAGAAGAAGGGCGACAUCAUGCUGGAUGGAAACUGCUGUGUCGAGUCGUUACCGGAUAAGGAAGGAAAGAAGUGCCUGUUCUAUGUCAAAUGCUCUGACAAAAGCUAUGAGAUCAACGCGUCAGAUAAGAAGAGGAAACAGGAAUGGAUUCAGGCCAUCCAGAUGUGUCUCAGUCUGCUGCAGUUGGGACGGACGGUGCCACACCGCGAGUCCCUUCAGAAGCGGCGGGAUUUGAGGCAGAAACAGCAAGCGGAGCAGGAGGAGCUGGAGCUCAGGAUGAGGGAGCUGCAGACGGCCAACGAGAACAAGCAGCACCAACUGGAGGCCAUGAGGAAGAAACUAGAGGAGGCUGCUACCAACGCGGCGGAGGAGGAGAGGAGCCGCCUGCAGACCCAGACUGAACAACAGGAUCGCUACAGGAUGGACCUGGAGAGGGAGAAAAUGGUGCGACAGGAGAUGGAGGAGCAGGUGGCCCAGAAGUCCAGUGAGCUGGAGCAGUACCUGCAGCGCGUCCAUGAGCUGGAAGACAUGUACCACCGCCUGGAGGACGCCCUGGAGGACGAGAAACGUGCCAGGCAGGACGAGGAGACGGUCCGCAGGCUCCAGGCCCGGUUACUAGAGGAGGAGGCUGUCAAGCGGGCUGAGCUGGAACAGAUCCACCUCCACCAGCAGAGGGCCAUCUCUGAGACAGAAGUGGAGAAGCAGGAGCUGCGGAAGGAGGGAACGGCCAAGGAGAAUGCCCUGCAGGCUGCCAUGCUGCAGCUGGAGCAGCUAGAGAAAGAGAGGCAGGGGGCACUGGAGCAGUACCAGGAGGUAGUGCAGAAACUGGAGGAUGCAGCAAAUAACACCAGGACCUGGAAACAUAAAGUGUCCCACCAUGAGGGAUUAGUCCGCCUCGUUCAACCAGGUUCGAAGGGGCCUCAGAAAAUCACUAACUGGGGCCCAGCGGCCUUCACUGAGGCAGAACUGAGCUUGCGGAAGAAAGACUGGCAGGAGAGGAAGAGCCAACCCGCCGAGAACCAGUAGAGCCCCCAUUCCCACAUUCAACACACUCAUGGUUGCUGGAACAUUGAUGCAAUGUUGCCCUCAGUGUACCAAGUUGCGUCUUCAGCAUUCGUUGACCAACUCAAAAGAAAACAGGGAAGACAGGCUUGUUUUUACACAGACACCAGGGUUGUGUUCAUUAGGAAACGGCGAGGGCCUACCUGGACCUGUCCAAUACGAAAGGCUCAUUUUUGUUUUCUGUUGCAAAGCGUUUUGAAAUGUUUUCUAUUGCGUCCCCUAAUGAACACAACCUAGUUCAGAGCAGGUGCUGCACAGAUCUUGAUACUACCUGGAUAGCCUUAGAGGGAAAUGAACAGCCAGAUUAAAAUUGCUUUCAUAUGAAGGAAUAAAGGAGCUGCACACUUGACACUAAUAAAUGUAUGUUUGGGAAAGUGGAGUCGUUUUUAUCAAAAUGUUUUUGAGCGUGUUUUGGCGUAUUUCAAUUUUUCCUAAGAUUUCAGUUGUUUGUCUUUUUUAAAUGUUAAAACUACAGCUUGCAUAGUUUUAGGAUGACUGUUUUUGGUUCCAUUGUCAAAGUGAUAGAAUUUAUAGCGCUUAAAUAGCCCAUGUAAGUAUGAACAAAACUCCAUGAUAACAUCAUGAAAGGACAAUUCAUGGAAAUCAAAUGACCGGAGCUUAUCUCAAUAACUAGCCAUCAUACUGUACUGCUCUCAGUAUUUCAUGUCAUUUUUGUGUACACAUUCUGUAAGAAACAGGGCAUUUUGCAACAUUACACUUGAAGCAUUGUUGCUAGCAAAUUACAGGGCUUUGUACCCCGGUGCCAGAACCAUGAUCUUGGGGGAUAUAGUUGUUGUUGAACUUUUGGUAUUUUCUAUUCUUUAAUGUGUGUAAAUCGCUUAAUACAGAACCCUGUAAUAAAACAUUACAUCAAUCUUUAAA